CUGCUGCCUGGCUGUGACACACAUUCUCCCUCCACAUGAACCACUCUGUUGCUCUCUCUCUCUCUCUCUCUCUCUCGGGCCACACAUGGACUAAAAGUUAGACAGACAAGCUGGGGAAAGGCAUGGAUGGUUAUUGACCUGCUUCCAUCAGCCACUGCAGAGGGACAUUGAAAAGGGAACCCACAAGCUGUGGGUUGCCAUGGACACCUUUUUCCGCCGGCACUUUAGAUUGAAAGGUGCGGAACAAUGCCAAUACAGACGGCCUGGCGUGGCGGUGCCCACAAGCAAGGCUCGCCGGCGCUCCAGUGUAGGACUGCCCUCCGCUGGCCUGGUCCAACGUAGACGCUCUAGUGUGGGACUGCCAUUCACAGGUCCUGUCGGACACAGAAGGUCCAGUGCAGGCCUGUCGCCGACUUCUCAAUCCCAACGAAGACGUUCCAGUGUUGGCCUGCCGUCAGGUUAUGUGGGCCGUAGAAGCUCCAGUGUGGGCUUGGCCUGCGUUGCUCACCAACAACGCAGGCGCUCCAGCGAGGUGCAGGGAUUACCCCACUGUUAUUAUGGAGGGGGGCAGCUAGUGAGGACCAGAUACUACACCAGGCGACGCUCCAGCACCACCAUGACCUGUGUCAAUCCCCGCUUUUCUGUCCGCCGCCGGCGAGCCGCCAAGCUCCGCACCAUUGACACCCAACUGCUGGGGCCUUCCAUGCUGCUGGCCAGCCUGGUCCAGAUGAGUGUGGAGCAGCAGAGGGCACCAGGGGCGCAGGGCGGUGAGAGGGCAUCAGGAGAGGGCACUGAGAGCUGCCCCUCCUCCUCGUGCUGCUCCGAGUCGGAAGGGGACAGCUGCAGUCAGAGAGAGUGUAGCACCAGGUCGGAGGGCAGCGGCAGUGAACGAGAGGGGACUGAGGCAUCAUCAUCAUCAUCAUAUCCAGAGGGAGAGAGGACGUCUCCAUGGCAGGACUGGAAUCAGGCUCAUAGUAUGGCAGCCUUGACAAUGGAGAGCAUCCAGUCCCGGCCCCUAAUCCGCGCACCUCGCUGCCUGCGCCGUAACUCCUCCCACCUGCUGCCGGCGGAGGCGGUGCACCGUAGCAGGGCGGCCUAUGGUGUGCACGGGCGCUACCGACGCUCCAGCCAGUUACGGAGGCCUUCCACCAUCUCCAACAGCGCCUGGCAAGGCAGGCUAGUCCCCGCACCCAGCCGCAGGAGCUCUAUAGUGGCCCGCCACUCCUCCCGUUCCCUGUAUAGGAACUGUUCCGCUUGCUGGAAGCCCAAAGGCCGCAGGGAGUCCCUCAGCCCCCUGCAGGGCACCUACUACGACCCCCGCCUGGAGACUUGGAGUGGAUUCGUCUCGAAGGCCAUUGCUAAAUCGGGUCUACAGCACCUGUCUGCCCAGCCCAGUGCCUCAGCCCUGGCCAAGUUUGACCCAGACAGGGAGAUCCGGAGCAGCUGUGACUGGACCGAGAACGCCCUGUAUGGGGAGCACAUCUGGUUCGAGACCAAUGUCUCUGGGGACUUCUGUUACGUCGGAGAGCAGCACUGCUUCGCCAAGACACUGCAAAAAUCUGUAGCCCGGAAAAAGUGUGCAGCCUGCAAGAUAGUGGUUCACACAAUCUGCAUAGAACAGCUAGAAAAGUUAUUCGAGGCUAUGCCCUAUGAAGACAGCCUGCUUAUCGAAGACCCCGCCUUUAGAAUAAACUUUAGGUGUAAACCGUCAUUCAGGGAAUCGGGGUCUAGGAAUAUACGAGAGCCAGUCCUCCAAAGACAAGGUGCUCUAAAGUGCCUCAAGCGGAUGGCUAACUGCAUGGCCACCCCUUUCCUGAGCCAGUCCCAGCCCACCGUAGUGCGGCACCAUUGGGUCCACCGGAGGCGCCAGGAUGGGAAGUGUCGCCAGUGCGGGAAGGGUUUCCAGCAGAAGUUUGCCUUUCAUAGCAAAGAGAUUGUGGCCAUCAGCUGUUCAUGGUGUAAACAGGCAUAUCACAACAAGGUGUCCUGCUUCAUGCUGCAGCAGAUCGAGGAGUCCUGCUCCCUGGGUGCUCAUGCCUCUGUCAUCAUACCCCCUACUUGGAUCCUCCGGGUUCGCAGACCUCAGACCUCACUAAAGUCGAGCAAAAAGAAAAAACGGACCUCGUUUAAGCGCAAGUCCAGCAAAAAGGGAGUAGAGGAGGCGCGCUGGAAGCCCUUCAUAGUUAGACCCAUUCCCUCUCAGCUCAUGAAGCCGCUGUUGGUGUUUGUCAACCCAAAGAGUGGGGGGAAUCAGGGAGCCAAGAUUAUCCAGUCGUUCAUGUGGUACCUGAACCCUCGCCAAGUAUUUGACCUGAGUCUGGGAGGACCCAAGGAUGGGUUAGAAAUGUACCGUAAGGUGCAUAACCUGAGGAUACUGGCAUGCGGAGGGGAUGGCACGGUGGGUUGGAUCCUGUCUGCUCUGGACCAGCUCCAACUGAACCCCCAGCCUGCAGUAGCCAUCCUGCCUCUGGGGACAGGCAACGACCUGGCCAGGACCCUCAACUGGGGGGGUGGUUACACAGAUGAGCCGGUGUCUAAGAUCCUGUCUCAUGUCGAGGAUGGGAACGUCGUCCAGCUCGACCGGUGGAAUCUAAUAGUGGAGCCCAACCAGGAUGCUGUUGCAGAGGAGAGGGAUGAGCAGCAGACAGACAAGCUCCCCCUCGACGUCUUCAACAACUACUUCAGCCUCGGCUUCGAUGCACACGUGACACUAGAAUUCCACGAGUCUCGAGAGGCCAACCCGGAGAAAUUCAACAGCCGCUUUCGGAACAAGAUGUUCUAUGCAGGGACGGCCUUCUCGGAUUUCCUCAUGGGCAGCUCCAAAGACCUAGCCAAACACAUCAAGGUCGUGUGUGACGGCACCGACCUCACCUCAAAGGUUCAGGAUCUGAAGCUACAGUGCCUGGUGUUCCUCAACAUUCCCAGAUACUGUGCUGGUACCAUGCCAUGGGGCAACCCAAGCGAGCACCAUGACUUUGAGCCACAACGGCACGACGAUGGCUGCAUUGAAGUUAUCGGCUUCACCAUGACCUCUCUGGCCACGCUGCAGGUCGGAGGUCAUGGUGAGCGGCUGAACCAGUGCAGAGAGGUGACCCUCACCACCUACAAGUCCAUCCCCAUGCAGGUAGAUGGGGAGCCGUGCAAGCUAGCCCCCUCUACCAUCCGUAUCUCCCUGAGGAACCAAGCGAACAUGGUGCAGAAGGCCAAGAGGAGGACAUCUAUUCCGCUGCUGAAUGACCAGCAGCCCUUCCCGGAGAGGUUAAGGAUCCGGGUGAACCGUAUUAGCAUGCACGACUAUGAGGCCCUACAUUAUGACAAGGAGAAACUCAAAGAAGCCUCUAUCCCACUGGGACUUAUCGUUGUCCCGGGUGACAGUGACCUGGAAACAUGUCGCUCCCACAUCGAGAGGCUCCAAGAGGACUUCAUCUCCAUUCAUCCCUCCUUCAAACGACUGGUGCUCCAGGAGGAUGAUGGAGCUAAAUCAAAGACCCUUUCCUCGCAGAAGCUUUCGCCGAAGUGGUGCUUCUUGGACUCCACAACUGCAGAUCGAUUUUACAGAAUUGAUCGUGCUCAGGAACACCUAAACUAUGUGACCGAGAUAUCCCAAGACGAGCUCUUUAUCCUGGACCCUGAGCUGGUCGUCACGGAGACGGUGAGCACCUCACCAGGGAUGCCUGAUCUGGUUGAUUCUUCUGGUGAAUUCCCAGAGGCGUCGAGCAAGUUUGCCUUCCCGUCCUCCUCCUCGUCUCCUCCCCCCUCACCGGGACCCAGUCCCACCAGCCCACAAUCGGACAGCGAGGCCAUGGCCGUCAGACACAAGAAAUCCCACUUCUUCUUCUCUCCCUCCGGCUUCCCCUUUCCUGUCAGGAAGAGGAUCACGGAGCUCCAGAAGACCACCCAGAGGAAGCGAAUAUCCAGCGACAGCUCGGUGGUGGAGGCACUGGCACACAGCAACUCCCUCAGGUCCAGUAAGCCUGCCCUCACCAGGGCAGGAUGUAUCCAUCGGUCUAACACUACUGCAGCUGAUUUCAACCCAACAUCGAGGUCGGAGAAGAAUACACUGUGCAAUACAGACAAAGUAUCACCGGAAGUGUUGAUUGAAUGUGUGAAGCGCAAAGACCAUCUGAAGCUGAAGGAGCUGCACAAACUGGGAGCCGACCUGUCACUGCAGGACCCCUCAGGAUGCACCCUGCUCCAUUAUGCUGUGGACACUGGUAGCAAGGAGACUGUCAAAUACAUCCUGGAUAAUGCACCCACAGAUAUCCUGGAUGUUACAGAAAAGGAAAAUGGGGAGACAGUGUUGCACAAAGCAGCGUCACUGUGUCAGAGGACUAUCUGUCACUACCUGGUAGAGGCAGGGGCAUCCCUCAUGAAGACAGACUUACAGGGUGACACACCAAAGCAUCGUGCAGAGAAGGCCAAGGAUGCAGAGCUGGCUGCCUACCUGGAGAACCGGCAGCACUACCAGAUGAUCCAGAGAGAGGACCAGGAGACAGCUGUGUGACCUCCCUCUGCUCCCUGACCUCCAGCACCACUUCCCUAUAACCCCGUGCCAAAACUACUUUAGCUAAAAGAGGAAACUCACCAGAGAAGAUGGUUAAAAGAUAGCCAGUGUUGUAUUCUCCUGCUAGGGAGUUGGUUGGAAUCCUACCAGAUGAGAGGUCUUAAAGGUCCAUCAUGUGAGGUGCUUGUGACCAGUGGACUUGAUUAUUGCACUGCCAAAAGAAGCUGUUUUGUGUCGGAACGCUGGGAAGAGAUGGCUCUUCUGUUACAUAAAAAAAAAAAAAAAUCCCCAGGUUGUGUUGCGCUUGCGAUCCACCUAGACUGAAUGUUGAAUUUUGCUCCAAGGUUUUAGGACAAGAGCUUGGGUAAUUGAAUGUCCAGGUCAUUGUAUUAUUUUACUCUCCGAUGGAGCUGUAUUUAUCUGUGUCUAUCAAAGCAGCAUGAGCGUUUCAACUGAUCUGUAGGCCAGCUGUCUUUAAGGCUACCAAAAAUGACAUUAUUUGGAUUACGGUUUUAUUUGUUUGUUGUACAUUAUUAUAAUUUGUUGACUGAUUUGUCCACCCAUAAUGCAGUGUGAUGGUAUCAAACUAUCCACGAAGGUGGGGAAUUUUACACGUAAUACUUUUCUCAUCACCAAACAAUUUUGAAUUGAAUAAAUCAAUAUUGUUCUACUUUAUGAUCACUUGGCAAAUGUUUCUUUUAUUUCUUAGUUUUAAUAAGGAUAUUUGGUACUGUACACUCGUAGUAGCUCUGUGUUAAAGCAGUUUAUGCACUGCAGCUCCAAUUGCCUUGAUUUUCUUAUUUUGUUGGCUGAUUAGUUUGUAUUUAAUGUACUUAAUUAAGUCAUGGUGUAUUUUUAUUGCAUUUUUAAGCAGAUUGAUGUUUAUAUAAUUUGUACAUACUAUAAAUUUAAAAUGUUUUGUGUUUGGUCAUUAUUUACUAUAAAAAAAAUGUGCAUUUGAUAUGUAUUAGUUUCAGAACUACAAAGCAUUUCUUCUCAUAUUGUGACAGAAGGCGUAUUUAUUCACCUCAACAUUUUUUACAGAUCCUUAACAUGCUCAUGAAGCGGUUAAAUUAUGUUCAGCAAACUCAAAAAUGUUCUGAAGGUUUGAGUUGUAAAAUUUACAGGGUGGAUGUUGUUUUUUUACAUACAAAAAUAAUAAGUUGUCUUCACACAAACCAAUCGUUUGUGGUUGCUAUUUAUUUUCCAUAGUUAUAAUCUGUUAAAAUUUGACUGGCCAUUUAAUAAACCAGCAAUAUAAUUCAACUUAAGUUAUAAAGACCUGUGAUUCAUUUAAAGGGUGUUAUAUUGUGUAGAGAGGGAUGGGAAGGAAUUGGUUUCAUUCUGAAAGCUAUCCUACAUUAUAACUAGUUUACUGUAGCACCACAGUAACUGUGGAUCGACUGCAUUUUGAAAUGAGUUAUUUCUCUGGAUGUUUUUUCUCAUUAUUUAAUCACUAAACAUCCUUGUAAGACGUCCUUGUAAACACAUUAUCAAGGUAUACUUUCAUAUACACAUUUUUUAUUGUGUUUGUUGUCUGAAGUUUAUAGUUUUGACCUUCAAACAACCCAUAAUGCCAACUAAGAUGCAUUUCAUUGUAAAUAAUUGCUGUUCUCUAUUAUGGCCAGAUACAUUAAUAAAUGUAGCACUGAAUCAGUUGCUGUGGCAGGAAAUAUGUUGUCAAUGAAAGCCCUUGAGUGUUUCUAAUGCCAGACUGAAAAUAAGGUAUUUUUGAUUUGAUUAUGAAAAGUAAAUGAAUUGUGUAGUUCUACAUCAGUUAUUACGCCUCGUACAUAAUCAUAUGUUCUCACUGAAUAUUUUGGGGGUCCACUUUUUUAUUUUAUUACAUUUUUAACAAUAGAAACAUCCACAUACAAACGACAGCAUACAGACGCACACAAACAUCCAAAACAUCACGCCUGCCCAGACCAACCUGCUCACCACCCCCAGCUCCAGCGCCCGCAUCACUUUCCACCACAUAGCCUCAAACUGCACCAUUUUGUUUCAUGGUCACACUGAUUGUCAGCAUUUUCAAUAAUGAAGACCGUAGGCCCCCUUUUAGUUGACUUCACUAUAGUUGAAAUAUGUUAGCCUUGAUGCUGAGAAGAUUAGAUAUCAUUUGAGGCAUUUAUGAUUAUACUGCAUUCUGAAAGAGGUGCAUAUUUGAACAGGUAUUGUAACAUAUAUCCUCCUGUUCAGAGACUGACAUGGAGAUGUAGGAAAUGCCCUUGCAUUUGUUUAAUUUGGAUGUAUAUUAACAUUCCCUCAUCAAUCUACACACAAUGCACCAUAAUGACAAAGCAAAAACAGGGGUUUAGACAUUUUUGCAAAUGUAAUUAAAAAAUAAAAAAGUACUAUUCAGACCCUUUACUCAGUGUUUUGUUGAAGCACCUUUGGCAACGAUUACAGCCUAGAGUCUUCUUGGGUAUGACGCUACAAGCUUGGCACACCUGUAUUUGGGGAGUUUCUCCCAUUCCUCUCUGCGGAUCCUCUCAACCUCUGUCAUGCUGGAUGGGGAGUGUUGUUGCACAGCUAUUUUCAGGUCUCUCCAGAUAUGUUUGAGCCGGGCUCUGGGGGCCACUCAAGGACAUUCAGGGACUUGGCCAAAAGCCAUUCCUGCGUUGUCUUGACUGUGUGCUUAGGAUAUUUGUCCUGUUGGAAGGUGAACCUUCGCCCCAGUCUGAGGUCCUGAGAGCUCUGGAGCAGCUUUUCAUCAAGGAACUCUCUGUACUUUGCUCUGUUCAUCUUUCCCUCAAUCCUGACUAGUCUCCCAGUCCCUGCCGCUGAAAAAUAUUCCCACAGCAUGAUGCUGCCACCACCAUGCUUAACCAUAGGGAUGGCACCAGGUUUCCUCCAGAUAUGACGCUUGGCAUUCAGGCCAAAGAGUUCAGUCUUGGUUUCAUCAAACCAGAGAAUCUUGUUUCUGAUGGUCUGAGUUAAGUGCCUUUUGGCAAACUCCAAGUGGGCUGUCAUGUGCCUUUUACUGACAGGUGUGUGCCUUUCCAAUCAUGUCCAAUUAAUUUACUUUACUCUAAUCAAGUUGUAGAAACAUCUCAAGGAUGAUCAAUGUAACCAGGAUGCACCUGAGCCUAAUUUUCUUGUCUCAGCACAGGGUCUGAAUACUCAUAUAAAGAAGGUAUUUCAGUUUUUCAAUUUUAAUACAUCUGCAAAAAAAAAGAAGACUUUUUUCUUUAUCAUUAUGGGAUAUUGUAUGUAGCUUGAUGAGAAAAAAAUAUACAUUGUAGAAUAAGGCUGUAACAUAACAAAAUGUGUGAAAAGUCUGAAUAAGGGGUCCGAGUACUUUCUGAAUGCACUGUGUCCAAACCUACCACUGGAAUUAAACAAGCCAAAAUAUACAGAGGAAAACAUUGCUCAAACAUUUUACCUUCUGAAAGUCAGAGACACUUGCUGAAUAAGUAAGACUGCUCAUGAUUCAUCUUGACAUCACCAAAGGGGUGACAUUUAUUAACAAUCAUGCCUCUUUAGAUAUCCCCAGUGAAAGUUGCCUUUCUAUCGUCUAUGAUCUACCAUCUUGUACCAGUUUCAUCAGAAAAUAUUUUAACAGCAGAGGAAAGGCCAAACAGCACACGUAGUACAAAGUGACCUCUUGAAAUAGAGUUGAAUAGCCUCAGCCUUAGUAGUAGUAAAUUGUGUGUGCUUGUGCGUAUACAGAUUUGAAUCUGGCCCAGAGACAUGCCGGCACUUGCAAAGCUAUUUUUUGGGAAGUCCAUCGCUCCAUAAUGAGUUUUGCUGUUGUCGUGUAGUUUUCUGUACAUUAACUCAACCAUUGGGGCGGCAGGGUAGCCUAGUGGUUGGACUAGUAACCGGAAGGUUGCAAGUUCAAAUCCCAGAGCUGACAAGGUACAAAUCUGUCGUUCUGCCCCUGAACAGGCAGUUAACCCACUGUUCCUAGGCCAUCAUUGAAAAUAAGAAUUUGUCCUUAACUGACUUGCCUAGUAAAAUACAGGUUAAAAAAAAUAAAAAAUCAACAUCUCACAUUGUCACCUUAGCUUUGUGUACUGUCUUUACCCAUAGUUCACUUUGAACAGAAAAUGCAUGCCUAUUAUUAUCAGACACCAUUUCAUGUGCCAUGAGCUCUGUCCUGUUAUGGUGUAUGCAAGAAAACACUUCCCAUACUGGAGUUGUUAUCUCCAAUUGACUUAUUAGCCUUCAACAGAAAUUGAAGUUCUGUUUUAAAUGACACAAAUUCCCCAACAUGAUAUUUUAUAUGCUAAUCUAAAGAUGCGCUACGUUCCCACUUUCCAUGUUGUCGAUUACUGCAAAGAGCACCCUCUCCCAUCAUCAUCUCCGUAGGUCCACUGGUUUUAAUUGUACUAUAUUCUUAUAGGUUCAGUAGAAAUCCACAGUCUUUGAAUUACAUACAAGUGGAAAGUGCUCUUUGGAAUGGCAGGAGCGUGGAACUACCAAUGCUAUAUCUGCAUGAAUGAGAACUUUACAAUGGUUUUUUAAAUUUGCAAGCAUAAAACAAGACUUGUAGCUACAAAAACACUUGAAUGAGUGCAAUGCAGGCAUGGGGCUUAAUGGCUGAAUGGGGUCAGACAACUUCAUUUUUAAAGGAGCUACAGUAGACCAAGGAAUGGUAAUUUAUGUAUAUUAUCUGUGCUUUAUUUUGAGUUGCUGCGCAAUUCAGGGCAAGAGUAUCUAUCGCAAUUCUUUUUUAAAAAUAGAGAGAACUGUGCCAUAUGCAUUUUUCUUUAUUAAAAAAAUGUAUUUUAUUUUUUACUUGAUAUAGUGACCAAAAUGUGAUGGACAGACUGGUGUGCAUUGUUGACGAUAUCAAUCUGUGUAUUUGUUUCUAUUGGCACAUGUUUUUGUUAUUGUCUGAUUGGGAGAGAAAAAAAAUAAAGGAUGGUACUUAAACAA